AUGGAAAGACCCCAGUGCAACCUGGUACACACAACAAGGGCGCUUACACUUCCAAAACUAUUCCAAAACUUGAACAAGAGAAUCAUAGAAACCGCUGAUAUUGGUCCAAAGGUUCGAUGUCCCCAGCUAAACAAAAGGUUGUGCAUGCUUCGUUCUGGACGGCAGCAGUCAGACUUUCCUCCGUUCCCUUCUGAAAACUCAGACUCUGCAGACCCCUAUUCCAACACAACACAGGAAACAACGCUCUCCGUCAAGGAAGAUGCUCUGGAUAUUCGUGUCACACGGCUGAGCCAUAAAAGUUUGUAA